CUGACGCGUAAGGAGCUGAUGCGAGAGCACGUACGGAAGUAGCGAGGAGGAAGUGCACGGUCGUAGAGGGAGGGGGAGACUCAACCAAAAGAAAAGGAAGGAAGCCAGUGAUGAUGGAAAAGCAGAUCGCAGUGGGGGUGUACGCGCUGGGUGCCUGGUUUUCCCUGUACCUGUUGAUCGCCAGUUUGUUACGUUUGUGGACACGAACUAGUCAUCUGCCAGACGCCCAUCGCGCCCACAUCACUGAGAGCUUCGUCUCGGGCGUGCAAGGAGCUGCCUGUGGGAUAGUGGGGCUGUGCACAGUGGUAUCAUGCAAGCACGACGUCAUGGGCGAGAAGUACCCCCUGGCCGUGCACUACUCGUCCAUAGGCACGGCGUACUUCGUGUACGACCUCUGGGCGAUGUACCGCAGUCACGCAGCAAGCAAGGCCAUCGUGAAGAGCCAGCUAGAAUGCUUGUUUUCCUAUCUCAAGAAAGACUUGCUGAUGAUUGUGCACCACAUUACCAUAGUUCUCGUGCUGUUUCCUGCGAUGGUGUACCAUUCUCCCAUGGGACACUUCUUCGUCGGGUGUUUCUUCUGCACGGAGCUUUCUACCCCCUUUGUGAAUGCGAGAGUGAUUCUCAGCCGAUUGGGCCUGAAGAAAUCAAAGAUUUAUGUGGUGAAUGGAUUACUCAUGAUGACAAUAUUUGCCAUGUGCCGCAUUGCCUUGUUCCCCAUCAUGUAUGCAGCAUACUUAAGCCAGCAAACAAAAGCACCGACACACAUCCAAGCGCUUGCGAAAAUCCCCCUUACGUGUCACUUGUCGUGUUUAUUAGUGCUUGCUCCGCAGCUGUACUGGCUGACACUCAUGGUAAAGGGGGCUUUAGCUGUUGUAAAUGCCCAGUCUUCAGAAUUACCGGUGAAGGAUGAAUGAUAAUAGAUGAGCUAGUCAUCUUAAUGGCUGAAAAUAUUUUAAUGCAAUUCAGGACUCGUUCAGCAAUCUUAAGAACGAUAAUUGGAAGUGCCAGAAAGGAUUUUAAAAUCUACGCAGAUGUGACCAUGUUAACCUGGAGAAAAAUUGUGAUAAUCAAGUAAUCUCUUGUUGAAAAUAUUAUAUGAAUUCCAAGUAAAUUUGGAAGAUGAAUAUAAUGCAUGUUAAUGAGAAAUAUUGACCUGCUCUAUGAGCUUCUGUUUUUGAGUUAUUGUUUUACUGUUUUGAAAAAAAAAAAAUAUAUAUAUAUAUAUAUUAAAUAUGGAAUAAUAACAGUUAUCUAAGAUAAGCAUUCAGGAAAUUUCAACUUUACUAGUAAAAAUGAUGAAAUAUUUGUUACAAAAGGUUGGCAGCAUGAGCUAACAGACAUCAAAGUAUUCAUUUAAGAUAUAUUUCUUUUCUUUUUAUUUGUUAUGACUAAUCAACUCAAGGAUAUCACUGAUGUAAUGCUCAUUGUAACAUAUGAAAUAUAAAACUAUUUCUCAUAUAUACAUAACAGUUGCUCAUAUAGAAUCAAAACCACUCUUAUGCAUGUUAAUGUGAUGGUCUGUGGUUAUCACAUGAGACUGAUAAUCACUUAUACUGGUAUAUUAAUUUUGUAUUUUGCAGUUAAUGUUAUAUAGAGAGAAUAUACUAAAAUAGAGGUAAAAUUUAUAAUAGAGUUACUAAUAUGUGCUAUUUAAAGACAGAAUCACAAUUUGUUAAUAAUUUCUAAAAAAAAAAAAAAAAAUCUGUCAA